AUGCCGAAACUCACACAGCUAACGCAGGAGGAAAUGGACAACGUGAUCUACGACGCCAGACUGGGUGACGUGGAGUCCCUAACCGAGAUUUUCAGCAAGGAGGUCGAACCGGCUGUGCUAAAGACUAUCAAGGACGAGCACUCCUUAACUACGCCGUUCCACAUGGCGGCGGCCAACGGACACAUAGACGUGCUGCAGUACCUCCUGGGAUUGCUAGCCGACGCCGAGGAGAAGAAGGCCAUUCUCAACUCCAAGAACGACAGCGGGAACACAGCGCUGCAUUGGGCAGCGUACAACGGCCACUUGGAGGCCGUCAAGCUUCUUUGCGAGAACGGCGCCGACCCGUUCAUAAGGAAUGCGUACAACCACGACGCCUUUUAUGAGGCCAGCAACAACGACCACGAGCAGGUCGACGACUUUCUCCUCGAGAAGUACGGCAACAUCGUGGAGCAAGACAUAGACGACAACGACGACGAGAACGACGACGACGACGACGGCGCCGCCGAGACAGGUGCCGAACCGGCCGCAGCAGCCAGCACAGUCAAGUUCAGCGAAGGUACCGAGAUCCAGAAGGUGACCAAGGACGACACGGAAGCUGUGGAGCAGCUCACGCAGCAGACCGACCACCUCGCCGUAUGA